AGGAAAUCUCUCACAUCCUGAGUCCCAGCUCGCUCCUCUCUGUAACUGUAUAUUAUGGUGCUGCUCUCCAGCCCCAGCUGAUGAAAGUUUGUCUCCCUCAGUCUGGGCUAAGAUGUCAAAGCGUCUCCAUGCAGAGCAGCAGCGCUUCCCUCCUCCGCACCCCCCAGCCCAGAUUUCCAUGCUGCUGCUGAGCCUCAUCUGGCUCUUUUUAGCAUCACCCAGAGCUCAAGGUGAGAAUGUGGACAGCAAAUUGGAGUCCUCAAGACAGUGGAUGCCAAAGAACCAUUCAAAAGAUUACGAGAUAACAAUUCCCUUCCUUUUGAACGGAGAACAGUGGAGACCAGUAAAUGGCAUUUAUUCAAAGAAUCACCCAGCACUGCUGCAGUUUGUAAUACAAGCUGAAAAUAAACAUCUGGUCAUCAAUCUGGAGAGGAAUGAGGACCUGUUAGCCAGAAGCUUCACAGAAACACAUUAUUUGAAAGACGGCACUCAUGUGGUUCUCGCACGCAAUUACACGGGUCACUGCUAUUACCACGGCAACGUAGAAGGGUACCCCGACUCCUCAGUCAGUCUCAGUACCUGCUCUGGACUCAGGGGAAUUAUUGUAUUUGAAAACAAAAGCUACAUUCUGGAGCCAUUAGAAGGUGCUACAAAUGAACACAAGAUCUACCGAGCAGAGAAUUUGAAAACAGCCCCAGGAUCUUGUGGCCACCAGCUGGACAUGUCUGCCAUGAGAGCUGGUGACAAUGACACAUCACACCAUUCUCAAGCUGGCAGGUACAAGAGGGAGACUCUGAAGACAACAAAGUAUGUGGAGCUUGUUAUUGUGGCAGAUAAUCGUGAGUUUCAGAGACAAGGCAAGGAUGUGGAAAAAAUUAAGCAGAGGCUGAUAGAAAUUGCAAACUAUGUUGAUAAGUUCUAUAGGCCACUAAAUAUUCGAGUAGCCCUGGUCGGAGUGGAAGUAUGGAAUGACAUGGAUAAGUGCUCUAUUUCGCAAGACCCUUUUACCAGCCUCCAUGAGUUUCUGGACUGGAGAAAGCUAAAACUACUACCUCGUAAACCCCAUGACAAUGCGCAGCUGAUAAGCGGGGUGUACUUCCAAGGGACUACCAUUGGCAUGGCGCCCAUAAUGAGCAUGUGCACUGCAGAGCAGUCUGGAGGGGUCGUCAUGGAUCACUCAGAAAACCCUCUAGGUGCAGCAGUCACACUGGCUCAUGAACUGGGACACAAUUUUGGAAUGAAUCAUGACACACUGGAGCGGGGCUGUAACUGCAAAGCGUCUACCGAUAAAGGGGGUUGCAUCAUGAACCCCUCUACUGGCUAUCCAUUUCCCAUGGUGUUCAGUAGCUGCAGUAGAAAGGACCUGGAAAACAGCCUGGAAAAAGGAGUGGGAAUGUGUCUGUUCAACUUGCCUGAGGUCAAGGAGUCCUUUGGUGGACAGAAGUGUGGGAAUGGCUAUGUGGAAGAUGGAGAGGAGUGUGACUGCGGGGAGCCUGAUGAAUGUACCAACCGGUGCUGCAAUGCAACUACCUGUACUUUGAAACCAGGAGCGGUGUGUGCACAUGGACUUUGCUGCGAAGACUGCCAGUUAAAACCAGCGGGGAUUUCUUGCAGAGAGUCAAGUAAUUCCUGUGAUCUGCCCGAGUUUUGCACAGGAGCCAGCCCUCACUGCCCGGCUAACGUGUACCUGCACGACGGGCACGCGUGCCACAGGGUGGACGGCUAUUGCUACAACGGGAUAUGCCAGACCCACGAGCAGCAGUGUAUCACCCUCUGGGGCCAAGGUGCGAAACCUGCUCCUGGGAUCUGCUUUGAGAGAGUAAAUUCUGCAGGUGAUCCUUACGGCAACUGUGGCAAAGACUCCAAGAGCUCCUUUGCUAAAUGUGAACCCAGAGAUGCUAAAUGUGGAAAAAUCCAGUGUCAAGGAGGAGCAAAUCGACCUGUAAUUGGUACCAAUGCUGUUUCCAUAGAAACGAAUAUCCCACUUCAGGAAGGUGGCAAGAUUCUGUGUCGUGGUACCCACGUGUAUUUGGGUGAUGACAUGCCCGAUCCUGGUCUUGUGCUGUCAGGAACCAAGUGUGAAGAUGGAAAAAUUUGCCUUAAUCGUCGGUGCCAGAAUACAAGUGUUUUUGGUGUACAUAAAUGUGCCACAAAGUGCCAUGGACGUGGAGUCUGCAACAAUAAAAAGAACUGUCACUGCGAGGCUGACUGGGCCCCCCCUUACUGCGACAAGCCGGGGUUUGGUGGCAGCGUGGACAGCGGGCCCAUUAGGCAAGCGGAUAAUAAGAGUUUAACCAUAGGAGUGUUGAUAACCAUUCUGUGCCUUAUCUUUGCUGGAUCCGUCAUGUAUCUGAAGAGGAAGACUUUCAUGAGAUGGUUGUUUACAAGUAAAAAAACAACAAUAGAGAAACUAAGAUCUGUAAGUCCAGCAAGACCUUCCAGUUCAUCUGACCCUAACCAUGUUCAUACCACAUCUCUCAGUAAAAAUCUCAUCAUGAAGCCACAAAAUACAAACAUACAAAAAAGAGAUGGUCCAAGAAGACCGCUGCCAUAUCAGAUCAUUGACAUUAGUAACCCUGUGAAGACACACGAUUUGCCACAAUUAAAAACACCGCAGCGAGUCCUACCACCACUUCCCCAGCUGCCAUGUCACCAAGCUGUGCCUGAAAGACCCUUGCCAGCUAACCCUUCGCUGAGGUUUGCCCAGGAAAACCACAAACCAAGCCCUCCGCAGAAGCCCCUACCAGCAGACCCUCUGACCAAAGCCCGCCAUACCAGUGCGUGCGCAGCGGUGCCUGGACACACAAAAGCUCUGCCUCACGUUACUCCUGUAAGACCUGCUCCUAAGCAUCCACCACAGGUAUCCAGGUCCAGCAACACUGCUGAUGUGAAAUGACCAGAAAAUCUGACACCUUUAGUUUAAAAAGUGAAGACAGAAGUUUGCACUAUCUUUAAACUCCAGCUGGAGUUCAUUUUUAUGACAAUACUUAGAAUUUUUAAUGUUUAAAACAGCAUUAUUUUUAAGAAUUCUGAGCUACUGCCUUUGGUGCUGUGCUGUGCUAUGGUGCUCUGUAUACUUGCUCAGGUACUUGUAAAUUAUUAAUUUAUGUUGAAUAUUUAUUACAGUGCAGUGCACUGUAGUAGAUAUUUUUACCAUAGCUGAAUUUUCCUAAGAAGGAAGCCUUUUUUGUAAUAUUUCAUUGAACUUGAAUAAUUCUGCUCUAUUGGUCCUAUGUAGAGUGUUUAGUUUUGAUCUGUUCUAUAAAGAGGGCUGAUACUCAUGGAUAAAUCAAAUGUAUAAGCAACUCAAUCUUGAUGGUUCAUAAAAAACUUUUGAAUAAAUAUGUCAGGGUAAAAAAAAAAAAAAUCUCUUCUGGAACAUGGUGAAAUGCCUGAUAUCUGCACACUGAUGAGUAACAUAUGUAUUUAACCAAAGUAUCACUCAGUGUUAGCAGUUGUACUGUAAUUUAGACGUUACUGUUCUAAAAAGUCAAGAAAUCUGUGCUGAAAGAGGAUGAAUUCACUUUGGACAAGUCCUCUUACUGAAGAAGUACUGUAUAUUGUAAAACUGUAUUUUUUUUUAACCUCAUUUUCCUCAAACACAAUCUGGUUAGUACAUAUUAAUGCAGAUAUCAGGCCUCACAGUGUCAUUACCUUUUUGAUGCUUUGGUAAGGAAAUUCAACUACACCGUGUAAGGUAGUAGCAUCUCACUAUGUUGCAUAGCUGUCCUGUUUAGACUGACAAUACAUCACACGUAGGGGGUAGGGGGGAAGCCAAACAUUAUGAAGAAUUACAUUUUAGGAAUCGAUUAUUAUACUUAUUUCUUUUGCAUCAUCGCUCUGCUUAUCAACUGUAUUUUGCAUAUUUACUACUGGUUUGUAUUUAACUUCUAAAAUAUUGUUCUGGGUUUCUUAAUUUUCAAAUCAAAAUGCAUAUUUUAAUAAAUAGACUUUGGUUAUCCUAAGACAUUGAAAAAAAAAAAUUCAUCUCUUUAGUAUGUGGUAGCAUUACCUCUGAUCUCUUCUGUACCUUCUCAGUAGCACUGCUGAAUACAGUUGUUUCAUCUAUGCUGUAAUAAAAACAAUUUUCAAAUACCAGUUGAAGUAGAAGGAGAAGGAACUAUUACCUUAUAUAGGUUAGUUUCCUCAUUGCUUAUAGUUUUUGUUUCUUUAAGCAAAAAUAAAAACGUUGGUAGAAACUUGGAUCUCAUUUCAGUAAGUGUAAUUGUAUUUAAUUUUCCCAGUUAUUCCCCAUUGUAGCAAUAUAGCGCUUAUGUUUAUUGAUAAACCAAAUAAACCAAAAUAAACCAUAGUUUAGUUUGUUGCUGAAUAGCAAAGUAAAUGCUUCCCAAAAGCAUUUGAAUUCUUAAAGCAACUCUAAUAGCAACAACAGUGCUUUAUGUAUGGAGAAUCACAACAGUAGAAUGCUAACUUACCCUGGGCUCAGCAAUGCAGUUGAAACCAAAAUGAUGCUUUCUGUGUGUUUUACAUAUUUUUGUAUUUAAAACACUAGUUUCUUCCUGUCAACAGUAACUUUAUAUCUAAAAUGGGGGAGUGAGAGGGGCAUCUCAGUUUGAAGCAGACACAUGAUCUCAGUCUGCUUGUUUGAAUGCUCCCAUUUUUAGAACGACACGUCAUCAUGCUGUAUUAAAAUGCUUCUUGCUAACUGCUGAAAACUCUAAGAUGAACCUGUAAGUAGUGAAAGAAGAGGGUGAAAUUAAAUUACUAAGAAGUUUGUAUUAUCUGCAUCAGAAUUUCUAACAUCAGAAUUUAACGGCAGCAUCUUAGGUAAGACUUAGAAUGUGUAUAAAUGUAAAGCUUUAAAGCACAUUUUUAGGUUUGAAAUAAAUGUGACUCACCUGUGCAGUCUUACAAGUGUAUAAACAGAAAUAUCUGUAGGUAUUUCCAGUCCUAGCCCUGUAACGGGGAGCAGCCGUCUCGCCAGCGCCGAGUCGGGAACAGCGCACGGACCAUCGGCCCUGGCACCCGAGCGCGGCCAAGCCAGAACGUUCCCGGGGUGACGCCGAGGACCCGCUGGGUAUGCCGGGGAGCGCCGCCUCCCCCCCGGGAGAACACACAGACACGCUCCUUCACCUGUGGAGGAAGAGGCAGCGGAAGAAUGCUGAUGAGGGCGCUGCUAGGUGUCCCCAGUCCCGGCACAGUGGAGGUUUAAGUCUGAGAUGCCUGGAUGGUCUUACGGGUUUGUGUCCCCUCAAAGAGCCCCACGCCUGGCUGUCCGCGUGCUCCCGAGCUGAGCGCCAGCGCUGGCGCCCACCACCGCUGCCCAGGAUCGCAUCCGCCGGUGCUCGAGGAGGGGAAGGUCCAGCCAUUCCUCGGGGACGAGGCCGGGAGAGGGCACCCUUGGCUUCUGCAGUUGAGGAGCAAGAGGCAAUGGGCCAUCGUCAACGUAAUACCUUUUACUGUCUUUAAUUCAUCGAGAGAGAGAGUGUGCAA